AUGAACCAUUACAAAAAUGAUAACCAUCCAUCAGCAUCAUCAUCAGCAGCAUCUUCAUCGUCCUCAGAAAAUAAUCUAUUUCAACAUAUUCGACAACCAUCUCCAGCAACAACCCAAUCAACAUUAUCUGGAUAUUCAGCAAAAAAGAAGUUAACCUAUCCGAAUGUACCUAAACGAACACAACGACAAUGUUCAUUGAUAAACGAGCACGAUACAAUUGCAACAGAAUCCGAAAUUCGUAUUAUACCAUCGGAAACAAAAUCAGAAAAAAAUUCCACGCAACCAUCCAUACUAUCCUCAACCAAUCAAAAUGACUAUAUUCGCUAUAAUUUAGAUCUUAUCACAAAAUAUACGUCUCCUCAAAAACUAAUGACAAUAGAUAUUGAAGAUUGUUCUUUAUUGCCGACCAAACAUUACGUUAAUAAUACUAGCCAGAGUCAACCUACUUGUCGACCUAGAAACAAACGAACAUUAUCGCCUUUGUAUGAAGCCAAUAAAAAAAUUCAGGAAUCGAAACGAGCAAAAUCGUUUGACGAAGACGAUGCUGAUGAUGAACUAUCUCAAUUUCUUGAUCAUCGAUGUAGCAAAAAACUGUUAUCCCAAACAGCAGAUACAACCGCUUCAUCUCAAUCUAGCAUUGACGGUGAACCAAGAAAACCUACACUACGAAAGCCAACUGCUAGAAAACUAAGUAAUAAUCAACCAAACCCAACUGUAUCACAAGCAAUGUCAAGUACACAGCCUACGCAAAAAGUUACCAUGGAAUCUAAUGAACUACUUAUUAUAGAACCCGAUAUUGAUACAGAAGAAGACGACAUAACGGACCGUGAAGGAGCAAGUAAAUCAAUAGAAAGUUCUCAAGUAUCAAGUAAAGAACCAUCAAAUCAAUCAAUAUUAAAUCAAAUAAUGAUAUCUCCAAUUCGUUAUGUAUGCAAGAAUCAAAAUGAUUCAGCUAGUCAAAAAAGUAUUUUGUUCACACCUGUAAAAAAUACGAAUUUGACAUCGUCACCAUCGAGCAGUAUACUUAAGAAAGUUCUUGAAAAUUCCACGAUGAAUUUUUCACCUAAUUUAAAUCUCCGAGAAAGAAGAGAUUCAUCAACAUCGUCAAGUUCAUUUCUUUUUGAAACUCCAUGUUCUUCAUUUUCACGUGCACCAGUAGAAAAUCUACUGAAUUCAUCAAUGAUAAUGAAGAAUGAUCAUGAAACUCAAACUUUAACACCCUCAGCUAGUGAUAUGAUUCAUCAAUUAAUAUUUAAAAUGAAUGAAACUCAAAAUAAAGUUGAUUAUAAUGCAGUUGAAAUUUCCAAAAAAUUAUUCCAUAAAUAUGCACUGUCAUUUUCGACUGAUAAAUAUCAAACAAUAAGUUCAUUAGUUAAAAAACAAUUUUUAAAUAUUGGCCGAUAUGAAAUGGAAACGUUUUUUCCAGUGAAUAGCAAUAGAAUUUCCACAAUCUAUGCCUGUGAUAUAUGCUUAAAGCAUUUCAACGGUAGUUCAUUGGCGUAUCAACGACAUGUUGCUAAAUGUUUACUUGUUCAACCACCAGGUAAACUUGUUUUUAGUGAAAAUGAUUUAGCGAUAUUUCAAAUUGGUAACAAAAACUGCACCAUGGAACAACGUAUUUAUAUCAAAUCAUUAUGUCGUAUUAGUCGGUUAUUUAUUGAUCCAAAGAAAAGUAUUGAUGAUACAAAACUUGAUCGAUUUAUUUAUUAUAUUCUAUGUCGUAGAGAUCCGAUUUUAUCAUCAUGUCAGCCUUCAGUCUAUCGUUUCAUUGGUUAUUUUUCUAAACAAGUCAAUCAACAUGCUCAACAAACCAUUAAUAAUGUCUCUUGUUUAUUCAUUUUACCUCCUUUUGCUCAACGUCAAGAAUACAAUCAGUUGUUAAUUGCUUUCAGCUAUUUUCUUGUCCGAUCGAAUGCUUCUGAAAGUCUGAUGCAUAGUUCACCGGCUCGUCCACUUGAUAUUUCAUCGUUGUCAGCUUUUCGCAUCUAUUGGUAUGAUAUUAUAUUCGAUUAUUUAAUUAAUCAUAAUCAAUCAUCGAUUAAAAAUAUUACACUUGAUGCUCUUGCCCGUCAAACAUUUAUUCAUCCAAGAGAUAUGCUUUUAAGUUUAUAUUCCAAUGGUUCUAUUGUUCCACAUCCUACAGAUAAAUCAUGUGUUUAUCUACGCAACAAUUCACAUCCGCCAACAACGUCAUUAACUCAUCUACAGAUUAUAAAAAAAUUAUAUAUGAAUUUGAAAUCGACUGAUACUCAUGAAGAGAAAACUGUGGCGAUCUCAAAUGACAAGUAA